AUUUUGAUGAAAUCUCUCUCUAUCUGAAGAUGAUGAAGGCCAAAUCAAUUGCUAAGGUGAUCAUCUCAUCUCUUCUCUUCUCUUCUCUUCUCUUCGGUUGCUAAGGUUACUGAACCAAUCGACUACUAGCCCUAAAGUUGUUCAACAUCAAUUGGUUUAGGGUAAACGAAAGUUGUGACUCUUAUUUUUGAACAGAGCUUCGAGUCUUCUUCUUCUUCAACAUAGCUUCGACUUGCAGCCCUAACAGGUCAUCUUUCCAGCUCUUGAUAUACAUGUGAAGAAUGUGGCACAAACUUACUCCCUUGAGCAUGAGAGAGAAAGUGUUCUUUUUGAUCAGUUUGCGCUCCUGAAUUCAAAUAUGCAAAAUGAAGAAAGCUAUAGGAGAGAACUAGCCUGUUGUACAGGAGCUCUUCAAACAUCUAUUAGUCAGCACAUGUCCAAGGAAGAGGAACAGGUCUUCCCCUUGCUUAUUGAGAAGUUUUCAUUUGAAGAGCAGGCAUCAUUAGUAUGGUAGUUUCUGUGCAGCAUUCCUGUAAGUAUGAUGGCAGAGUUCCUCCCAUGGCUUUCGUCUUCUAUUUCAUCUGAUGAAUGCCAGGAUAUGUGCAAGUGCUUGAGCAAAAUAAUCCCAGAAGAGAAGCUUCUUCAACAGGUUAUAUUCACUUGGAUGGAUGGGGUGAAAACUAAUGACAAACAUAAGAGUUGUGAUGAUUCUAAGGACCAAGGUUCUCCAGAUUCUGAUGCUAUCACCUUAAAUAGUUCAACAAUGAAAGCACAUUGUGCCUCUGAAUCUUCCAGGACGUGUAAAAGAAAAUGUGUGGAACCAAAUUGCAAUCUUGAGGAGUCCACUCCGGCUCGUCCAGUAGAUGAAAUAUUGCAUUGGCAUAAGGCUAUAAAAAGAGAAUUGAAUGAUAUAGCUGAAGCAGCCAGAAGGAUACAAUUGGCUGGAGAAUUUUCUGAUUUAUCUGCAUUCAAUAAGAGGCUACCAUUUGUUGCAGAAGUUUGUAUCUUUCACAGAGCUCCAAGUGUAGGAAAAGAAAAACUCCAAUAACAGAUGAUUCUCUUGAGAACCAAAAAGAUUCUACAUCUGGUCAGGAGAAUGAAGCUGGCAGAUCAACAAGGCUGCUGAGAAAGCGAAAAAAUGGAUGUGAGCUUGUUGAUGGGGCUUCUCAUACUAAUGCCCUAGUAGUUCUCUUGUGGUUCUCUUAUAGUUGUCGAUAUGUUUAGAAAGUUAGAUAUGUAUAGUUUUAGAAGGUUUAAAAUUUUUGUGCAGAGUUUUCGAAUGUUUGAAAUGCAUAGACAAUUGUUGAAUAUUUAUAAUUUAUGGAUAUAGUUUUUUUUUAAUGUUUCAAACAAUAUUUUGGUGCUC